GAUUAUGUCCCUAAGAGGUGGGGUGUAAACACACCGGCUCUGUCUCAAAAACCUACUGAGCUGCCUAUAGUUACACAACGUUUUAGGACAUUGUAAGCGCAUUUCAGGGCAGCCGGUGCACACACAGAAACUCAGACUCCUGGGAUGGCUAGCAUAUGGCAAAGUUACAGCACUCGCCUAGUUAGGUAGCUCACUUGAUUGCGAAACACAUCCGCAGACCGCUAGGGCUGAAGUCAUGUGUGAGGUGGUGCUUGUGGUGUGUAAAUAGAAAGCGCUUCCCUGACAGGCUUGGACACAUGAAGACGCUGCUGCUGUGAUGAGUGAAGAUGCCCGCUGUUCCGCAGAGAGUGUUCGCGCUGCCCAGACAGCAUUCCCUGCUGCUGCCCGCCGUCAUCAACCCUUUCGUUAACGACCUUAAGUUAACUAAAGCCGAUACAAUCAAAUGUUUUCUUCUGGGAAUCAUCCUUGUGCCGCUCCGUGGCAUUUUCUUGCUUCUCGUUCUCAUGUUCAUGUGGCCGGUUUCUGUCAUGAUAACAUUCAGACAGUCUCUGAAAGGAGCAGUGGAGCCCAUGACUGGCUGGAGAAGGUUCAUGCACAAAAGAGUGAUGACCUUUCUAAGCCGGCUGUAUUUCUUCGGCAUGGGCUUCAGGGUUGUGGUGAAGGGGAAGCAGGCCAGCAGUGUAGAGGCCCCUAUUCUAGCUGUGGCCCCCCACUCUUCUUUCUUUGAUGCCAUUGUCUGUAUUGAAACUGGUCUACCCUCUACUGUAUCCCGUUCAGAGUCCCUGGAAGCACCGAUCUUUGGCAGGUUUUUGCGCUGUGUGCAGCCAGUGCUUGUUUCACGCAAAGAUCCAGACUCUCGUAGAAACACUAUCCUUGAGAUUGAGCGGAGAGCAAAGUCAGGAGGACACUGGCCACAGGUUCUUAUUUUCCCUGAAGGAACAUGUACAAACAGAUCAUGUCUCAUUACCUUUAAACAAGGUGCCUUUGUCCCAGGAGUCCCAGUACAGCCUGUUCUGAUCAGAUACCCAAAUAAGUUGGACACAGUUACAUGGACAUGGCAGGGUCCAAAAUCGGCCAGACUACUGCUGCUCACACUCUGUCAGCUCUAUACUACAGUGGAGGUUGAGUUUCUGCCCCCUCAAAUUCCUACUGAGAUGGAGAAAAAGUGUCCUUUCAAGUUUGCUCAGUCAGUGAGAGCUGUAAUGGCUGAGUCUCUGGGCCUACCGGUCACAGACCACACCUACGAAGAUUGUCGUCUGAUGAUUGCAGCUGGAGAACUGACCCUGCCUAUGGAGGCAGGUCUCGUGGAGUUUACCAAGAUUAGCAGGAAACUGGAAUUAAAAUGGGACAAUGUGAAGAAGGAAUUGGAGAGUUUUGCCAACAUAGCCUGUUCUUGCAAAGGCGGCAGGAUCACAAUUGAGGAGUUUGCCGGCUUUCUCAAACUGCCUGUCAGCCCAGCUCUACAGGAGCUCUUCGCUCUGUUUGACAGGAAUGGUGAUGGCACCAUUGAUUUCAGAGAGUAUGUCAUUGGUGUCACAGUUCUGUGCCGCCCUGCUAAUAAUGAAGAAGUCAUUCAGACUAUUUUUAAGCUGUUUGACAUUGAUGAGGACAACUGCAUCACACAAGAGGAGUUUAGCGGUUUGCUGCGUUCUGCUCUUGGAGUGUGUGAUCUUGACGUCCACAGCCUCUUCAAAGAAAUUGAUGCAGAUGGAUCAGGACACAUAACUUAUGAUGAGUUUUGUUCCUUCGCUCUCACCCACCCAGAGUAUGCCAAGCUCUUCACCACCUACAUCGAGCUACAGCGUUACCAGGGUCUCCAGGGGGAGGAGUUAGAUUUUGAUGCCAGUUUGUCUCACUGCUGUACUGCUUCUCAUAAUAACCACCAAGAGGACAGUACCUCUGAUAAGAAAGAUGACUGAGAGCAUGCAGUCAUAAAGUUCAUAUUCUGCCACGCCAUUUGAACACAUCCAUUAAGCUUGGGCGGAGGGAUUUUGUACACUCGCAUAUGCCCUGUCAGCAGUUUUCUGUUUACACCACCAAGUAUUUCAUAAACUAUUCAGUGGUUUAUUUAAAGGGUUUCAGAUCAUUGAUAAUGCAUAUAGGCAUGCUAAAACAUACCUUAAGCAAAUUAGGAGUUUAUUGAGACAAAGUCAUAGUUCAAACUGUCUUAAUCUGCAGCUAAAAAUUAAUUUUAUUGUUAUAACACCCCUCAGCUUUUUAGACAUGAAGCUUAGUUCCAAUUCAGUUUUUUUAUGCAUUUUAUUUUAGAAAGUCUAAUAAAUAUAUAUAUUAUUUGAUAAUAUCUCAUUUGAAAAAAAGUUAUUUUGUGAUAACAUUGGAGAUCAUGUGCUUGUGUGUCUUUUAUGGAAAAGUGGAUUUUUUUUUAAUGAAUAUUUUACAAAAUAUAUUCUUAUACAAAUACAAAGUUUCUUUUCUUUUUAAAUGUUUUUCCCUUUCUGCUCAGGGAUGUUGGUACAGAAAGUGAGUUGUAAUCAAAGGUUUUGCUUUGCAUCUUGUUUUUAUUUGCAUUCCCAUUGAGGGGAGAUGUUGCUGAGUUAGCGUUCUGUCCCUGCUGCUUGUUCAGACUAAUGCUCUGUUGCAUCCACUGAAAAUAGGCCAAUUUGUGAGCAAACAGACAACACAACACGCCCACGGUAGUAUGCACCAAAGGGCUUGGUUUCAGAUGAUCCCUCUGCAGUGGUAUUUAUUUAGCAAUGCAGGUUGCAAUUAUGAUUUUGUUAACACAGCAAAGUUAGCUUUUUUUUGCAAUUAAAAAAAUCCUUUGAAUUUUAA